UUUUUGCGCAAUUUAUUACGAAAAAAUACAAUUUAUGAUACAGAUAAUUCCAGGUUUAGUUGUUGUCUUGCGAUGUUAGUGAUUUUAUAGAUUUCGACCUUUCCCAUUCCAGUAUUAAUAAAAAAACUGCCCGGAGCGAUUGCGGAGACUUUAUUUACCUGGACUCUUAAUGCUUAAUCUCAAUUUGCAUCAUAUCCGGUACACGCUUAUGGAGGAAAGUUAACAACAGUAAUUUGAGAGUGUUUAUAAAGGACAAUGUUAAAGGCUGUGAAUGUUUCUUUGACAGGACAUGGAAAAAACGUUACAGUAUUUGAAGUAUUCUGGUUAAAUUUAUUGUUUCAUCAUUGCACUGGCAAACACCGCUAUGGCUCGGCCUCUAUUCGGUGGAGCAUUAUCAGCUGCUAUUCCAUCCAGUGCCCAGGAUAUCAGUGAGUUAAGACAGAUCCCUGAUAACCAGGAAGUGUUUGCUAAUUCUCAGACAGAUCAGAGCAUCAUUAUUGAACUGCUGGAGUACCAGAGCCACGUGCAGGGUGCUGAGGCUGUCAGAUAUCAUUUUGAUGAUGUGGCUGCAAGUAAUGGGGCGGUAGAGUCCGGGUCCUGGAAGAUCACAGGAGUAGAGCAGCUCACCCAAUCGGAGCUGUUAUUACAGGAAUGCAGUUCUGCCUGGCUACUGUCUGGAGCUCAGCUGGUCUCUAAAUUUAAUGAGGAGGCCAAGAACACGGUCAACAUUUACCUGUGCCUGUUUCGCCUGCCACAGUUCACCACUGAUAUCCUGGUGACCUUCAAUGAUCCUGUUUGUAUCAAUCCCCUUAGCAGCAGUGCAGCUGGAUAUGUGGCCGCUGUUCCAUGGACAUUACAGGACUUCCAGAAUGUUCUUCAGUCCUUUCAUCUACUCAACCCUGGAGUCUUUGGAUAGAUUCUUCACCAUUAAACUGACAGACCAGAAAGACUGUGAUUGAUCAUUGAUAUUGAUGAAACCAGCAGUACUGAACAGGUUAAAACAUAUCAAUAGGAAUAAGGUAAAGAGGUACCUACUGGAAGGCUACACAUACUCAUUUACCAAGUAUUUUCUUGUAGUAUGGUAAUUAGGUUACAAUUAGGUUAUUCAUAUAAAUAAAAAUGCUGCUUUAUCAUGGGAUAACUUUGCUGAUUCAUUCAAUAGCAUUUUUUGGAAAAGUCAUCAUUUCCUUCUGCAUUCAGAUUUUAACAUAAUCACCGGUCGUUAAACAGUUAGUAGUUAACCUUAAAAUUGUGUGUGUUGAAAAUCAGGUUUUUCCUUAACUCUAAAGGAGGAGACAUAUUAUCAUAUUUAUCCUAAACAUUCUGGUCUGGUUGGUUUUGUGAACAGGUGUGUUUGUUUGCAGAUGCUGACUUGCUAGUUUGUCUAAUCCAAUGACACUCAUACAUUUUAAUGCAUGGCUUCAUUUUAAAGUGUGGUUGAAUAGUUAAAGAUUAUAGUGACAAUCUUAAUGAUAAAAAGCUUUUCAGUUAACCUUAUAUAAUGCAUACCAGCUGCCUAUUUACAGUCGUGCUCAAAAUUAUUAAUACCCUUUGUAAAUAUGACCAAAGAAGGCUGUGAAAAUAAUUCUGCAUCGUUAAUGCUUUUGAUCUUUUAUUUAAAAAAUCUACAAAAAUCCAACCUUAUCACAAAGGGUAUUAAUAAUUUUGAGCAUGACUGUAUACUUAAAGAACAUAUUAUAUUCAUGUACAUAGGGCAAAUGGAGGGUUACAUUAAAAAAAAAUAAGUUUAAUCGCAAGUUGUAUACUGUUAUGUUACAGACUGAAAAUAAACAUAUGCAAAUAAAGUUAUUUAAUUAUGACCCAU